AUGCAACUGUUAUAUAUAGAUGGCGAUUCAACAACAUCGAAAAACCAUACAAGAACUAUACGAAGUACCAGAGAUGUACCUUGCUAUGAAGAUGGACGUUUUUACCGUGAUCCAAAUCGUCCAACAAGUAAAUUAUGGUCAGCUGGCGAAUGUGCACGAUAUUAUUUAUGUUUAGACGGUGAAGUAUUUGAAUUUAAAUGCUCCGCUGGUUUAUUGUUCGAUGUAAAACGGCAGAUAUGCGAUUUUAAAUUAAAUGUAGACAAUUGUGAUAUUACAGCAGAGGCAGUAAUUCCGAAACCAAUCUUAGAAGCAGAACAUUGCCACGAAGAAGAAUUAGCCUGUGCUGAUGGCACAUGUUUGCCCUCUGAAUAUUUUUGUGAUGGCUCCGUGGAUUGUCCAGAUACCAGUGACGAAGGAUGGUGUGACGCAAACCAUGAUCCAAACGCCGCAAGCGCUUGUGAUCCUCGAACAUGUUUAUUACCCGACUGCUAUUGUUCUAGAGAUGGAACACUAAUACCUGGAAAAAUAGAGCCAACUCAAGUACCACAAAUGAUAAUACUUACAUUUGACGAUGCAAUUAACUUCGAAAAUUGGGAUUUAUAUACACAGACACUAUUUACACCACAGCGAAAAAAUCCAAACGGUUGCCCAAUCCAUGCUACAUUUUAUGUCAGUCAUCAAUACACAGACUAUGCCAAAACGCAAAAAUUAUGGAAUGAUGGUCACGAAAUUGCUAUACAUUCGAUUACACAUCGGGGCCCCGAGGAAUGGUGGUCACACAAUGCCACAAUUGAAGAUUGGUUUGAUGAAAUGGUUGGCCAGGCAAAUAUUAUUAAUCGUUUUGCUGGUGUUCGUAUGGAAGAGUUGCGUGGAAUGCGUGUACCAUUUUUGAGAGUUGGUUGGAAUCGACAAUUUUUAAUGAUGAAAGAGUUUGGUUUUGUUUAUGAUAGUUCAAUGGUGGCACCAUAUUCAGAUCCACCUUUAUGGCCAUAUACACUUGAUCAUAAAAUGCCACAUUCUUGCACAGGAAAUCGUCAAAAUUGUCCAUCACGAUCAUAUCCUGGGAUCUGGGAAAUGGUAAUGAAUCAAUUAAGUGCCAAUGAGUACACUUGUGGUAUGGUCGAUUCAUGUCCACCACAUUUAAACGGCCCCGAAGUAUAUACAAUGCUUAUGCAUAAUUUUAAACGUCAUUAUAAAACAAAUCGAGCUCCAUAUGGACUCUACUUCCAUACAACAUGGUUCAAAAAACCAGAAUACUUGGAAGCAUUUACGAAAUUUGUGGAUGAAAUAUUAAAAUUACCCGAUGUAUACUUCGUUACUGCAUGGCAAGCGAUACAAUGGAUGCGAAAUCCAACACCCAUAAAUGCAAUAUCCACAUUUGAGCCAUUCAAUUGUAAACGACAAUUUGAACCAAAUGAAAUUGCAUGCAAUUUACCAAAAGUUUGUAAGCUACGAAGUCGAGUACAUCAACAAGAGCGGUUUAUGUAUACAUGUACUGAAUGUCCCGAGCAAUAUCCUUGGAUACGAAAUGAAUUUGGUUUAGAUUAA